AUGACAACUCGGCAAAAAAAGCGUGAAGAGCUUGAUGAGAGGGCAAAGCAAGGUGAAACCGUGGUUCCUGGUGGUACUGGUGGCAAGAGUCUAGAAGCUCAAGAACACCUUACUGAAGGAAGGAACAAAGGAGGCCAAACUAGGAAGGAGCAGCUGGGAUCGGAAGAAUAUCAUGAGAUGGGUAUAAAAAGAGGGCAGACUAGGAAGGAGCAGAUAGGAACUGCAGGUUACCAAGAAAUGAGACGUAAAGGAGGCCACUCUAUCAUGGAUAAGUCUGGCGAAAAGUAUGCUGCUGAGGAAGGCAUCAAUAUUAAUGAAUCCAAGUUUACCAACGAAGAAAAAUAA